AUGGCGGAUUUUCUCCUCCACGAAGGCCCCAUGGGCUAUUCCAUCUUCAAGGUCGCUCACAAAGCUGACACCGUCGGCAAUCGUCUGAAAGAGGUCCAAGAUAGUGUUCAAGAUCUUGUACGGUUUGGCAAAAUGGUCGACCUCGUCAGCUUCCUGCCGUUCGAAAGCGGAAAGCAGGCACUUUCAGAGUUGAACGACAUCUCCGAAGGCAUAGCAUCUGACUUUCUGAAAUCCUUCCUCGAACUUAACCUGCCGAAAGCCGGGAAAAAGAACAAAAUAACUUUGGGCGUGUCGGACAAGAUCCUUGCGGCCAGCAUCAAGACAGCAUUCCCAAACGUCGAGUGCGAGACUGGAGACACAAGCGAGGUCGUUCAGGACAUGCUCCGCGGAAUCAGGCUACACUCGGAGAAACUGCUCAAACAACUCCGCGAAGGAGAUACGAAUACUGCUCAGCUUGGUCUGGGACAUGCGUAUUCGAGAGCCAAAGUCAAGUUCUCCGUGCAGAAAAAUGACAAUCACAUUAUUCAAGCUAUCGCAAUACUCGACCAGCUAGAUAAGGCCAUCAACACCUUCUCUAUGCGCGUUCGCGAAUGGUAUUCCUGGCACUUCCCAGAGCUCAUCAAGAUCGUCUCGGAUAACCACAAGUAUGCCAAAAUUGCGCUAUUCGUCAAGGAUAAAAAGACUUUGUCUGACGAAAGCCUUCAUGACCUUGCCGCCGUUGCAGACGACGACGAGGAAAUCGCAAAGAGCAUUAUCGAUGCAGCAAAAACAAGUAUGGGUCAAGAAAUUUCCGCUUCGGACAUGGAGAACGUGACCUUGUUCGCGGAACGAGUGGUCAGCCUCGCCAACUACCGGAAGACACUACACAGCUAUCUUGUCUCUAAGAUGGGCGUGGUUGCCCCGAACUUGGCUACGCUUAUUGGGGAAAUUGUGGGUGCGCGAUUGAUUUCUCACGCUGGCAGUCUGACCAAUUUGUCAAAAUAUCCCGCUUCAACUGUUCAGAUUCUGGGAGCGGAGAAGGCUUUGUUCAGAGCAUUGAAGACCAAGGGUAACACGCCCAAGUAUGGUCUAUUAUACCACUCCUCAUUUAUUGGGAGAGCUGGACAGAAAAAUAAAGGGAGGAUAUCGCGGUUCCUCGCAAACAAGUGCUCGAUUGCCUCUAGAAUCGACAAUUUUUCCGAAACUCCGUCUACGAUCUUCGGCCAAGCUCUGAAGAAGCAAGUGGAAGAACGACUAGAAUUUUAUUCCUCUGGGGUACAGCCUACCAAAAACGAAGCAGCUAUGAAAGAUGCCAUGGAAAAAGUUCUUGCGGAAAUGGAAGUUGACAACCCUACGGACAAGGUCACUGGUGGAGAUCGUCUGGAGGUGGAGCCCGUGGCGGCCCAGAAGUUGGAUACCGCGAAGAAGGACAGGAAGGAGAAGAAGGAGAAGGAGAAGAAGAAGGAUAAGAAGCGUAAAGCAACUGAGUUGGACGGUGAUGGAGGCGACAAGAAAAAGAAGAAAUCAAAAUCCAGGGACUAG